AUGGCUAGUCCAUUCGGUGUCUUGGUUUGUUUACUUAUAGUGCUACCACAAAUCCUUGCUAUUUCUAGCCCCAUCGACGAGAUUGCACCUCUUAAGACAUGUCAGUUCCCUUGUAUGACUGAGGUUAACUUGCACUUGUUCUUGCACCAAUUCGUCGACGGGCCAAACAAUCCAAAUCGCAAUGAGGAAACCUUACUCCAAGCAAGUUUUCCUUUUGGGUUUGGGACGACGAUAGUCCAUGACUGGACUCUUACCGAGACAACAAAUUCCAAAGACACGGUUGUUGCACGUGUACAAGGUGUGCAUGUCCAGGCUGGUUUAACCAAGCCUAACAGAUGGUACACGACUCAUAACAUAGAGUUUCAGCAAGGAAGGUUUGCGGGGUCCACCCUUCAAGUGAUGGGUAUAACCGCAGGUUUGGAAAGUGGGCAGUGGUCUAUUGUUGGUGGAACUGGUCAAUUCAUUAUGGCACAGGGUAUAAUAAGUUUCACAAAUCAUCCGGCCUCUACUUUUGAAGAUGGUAUUAAAGAACUCAAUAUUCGUGUACGCUUCACAAGGGAUAUUACACAAGCUGCUUGA